AAAGCACCAGCAAUGUCUCUCAGAGACUUCACUGCCUCGAAGGACACCAACAGAACUGGUGCUUCAUUAAAAGGGAGGAAACGCUGGGCAUUGACUGACAGACGUUUCAACGUGUCUCCGGGUGGGGAGGUGAUGACAAUGCUGGACAGUUUCAGAGCUGAUAAAAACAAAGCAUUUGGUGCCAAGAGGAAAUGGUUAGAAUCGUUUACCAGCUCAUCUCUCCAGAUGAAUCAACAGAAGGUCAGGGAGUUGUGGAGGUCCCAACAGAAGGCUAGAACUCAGAUGUCUGAAGAUUACUGCACCCAGUUCAGUUCUGUGUUCCAGCAGUGGGAAUCAGAUAUGCAGAGAAGCAAAGAUCAGGACGAGAAACACAUGGCAUUGUUCCAGCACCAGAAGAUGAUGUUUGAACAGAUGAGAGUGUCUCAAGGCCAAAGACUGAGGACUCUCAGACAGCUUGUGGACCACUAUGUCAAAAGCAUGCAGGAGCUGCAAGACACUCACAAGGAACAGUACACCACAGCAUUGAAUGAGUUACGGCAGGAAAUGGUGCUUCUUCAGAAAGAAAUCCUCAUGAACACACAGCAGGAGGAAUUGACAUCAAUCCGUCAAGCUCUGCAGUUUAUGCUAAUGUAAAGACUGUGUUACAAUGUUUU